CUCCUUCCCAUACUCGCUCGUCCAUAGCGUCAUCUUCCUUGCUCCAGUCUUUGUACUGUUGUACCUGAUCUCCCCUCCCCCUCCCCCUUCCUCUCUCGUCCUUCCCCGGCCUCCGACCUCCUUCAACAGUACAUCAAGCUGGCUGGGAAAUCAGCUUAACCAAACCAGUAUUGUAUCGCGAUCAGUAGUAAACAUACAGCUUCCACCCACAUGGCUAGCCAAAUCUCUGGUACUGUAGCAUCUAGUGGGGUGUGCUAUAAUGAUCAAUACGGAAUGCCCUGUAAGAUGAAAGGACUACAUUGUGUAUCAUUGAAUUGUAUACCCCAAAAUUUAGAGGCGAGGAAGGGGAUGAGUGGAUAUCACUUAGUCGUCAGGUUCUGUUCAAAUGAUAGAUAUGGGCAAACCACUCUUAAGUCCAACAGUUCCAUCCUCAGACAAGGUCAGAAUGUUCGGUGCCGUUCUUAUGGGCCUCGUGGUAGCAGUGAAACUAAAGAGCGCAAGAGUUCUGAAGAUGACAACGAUGCUUACAGGGAUUUUAAAGAGCAACCAAGAGGAAAUUCACAAUUUUCAGAUGAUCAAGUUGCGGCUCAGAAAAAAUCACUCUACUCUAUUCAAGGGCUAUCCAAAGCUUGCCAAUUUGUUUACAAUGAUGCAAAGUUUGUGAAUGAAAGAGCUCAGAGUGAUAUUCUUUUGCUUUCACGUGGCAUCACAAGGCUAAACAAACGGGCAUCUCAGGAUGUUGCUGUAUUAGGGUUGGGAUUUCUCAAGCUUGAUGCUCGUGCAAGGAAGGACACUCAAAAGAUUGAUAACAGUGUGAAGGAGCGGGCAGCCCACCUGACCAAUUUUGCUAGAAUACUGAAGGAGCGCGCUGAAUCAGACUUGAAGAAAGCAGCAGAUCAGCAUUGGAGUGAUGGUGCUUUAGAGGCAGAUCUGCGGCGAGCUGACAUGGUUGUUAGACGACGUGCCAUGGAGGACGCUUUCAUGGCUCUAAAGUUUGUACGGGAUAUCCAUGAUAUGAUGGCAAACAAAUUACAGGAUCAGAUUCCAAAGGAUGCUUCAUUUUCACGUACUAAUUCAACAAGGUUCAUCACACUCGAGAAAAAUGGGAAGAUUCUUGAGCUGUUCCCUCGUGAAGUCUCUACAGAUCAAAUUGCUGCCAUAGAGGAUGCAUACCUGAGUAUGGCAUCUGCCUUGUCUGAGGCUGAUGGUAUCGACUACACAGAUCCUGAGGAGCUUGAAUUAUUAGUAGCGGCUCUUAUUGAUCUGGAUGCCAUGGAUGGGAAAAAGAGUGUUUCCUUAUUAGCUGAAUGUUCAAGCUCUCCAGAUGUUAAUACCAGGAAAGCUUUGGCUAACGCAUUGGCUGCAGCUCCAUCUAUGUGGACUCUAGGGAAUGCUGGGAUGGGCGCAUUACAGAGAUUGGCUCAAGAUUCCAAUUACGCUGUAGCUAGCUCUGCAGCAAGAGCCAUCGAUGAACUUAGAAAGCAGUGGGAGCUUGAAGAGGGUGACAGUCUGAGGUUUGUAGUGAACCAAAACUUGGAUACCAAAGAGACUGCCGAUGACAGUUCAGCAGAAGAUGACACAACCCGUGAGGCGUAGAUCAGAUGAAAUAUUGCAGUAAAGAUUAAUCAUAACUUCCACAGCAUCAUGAUUGACACGUAGAUACAGCUUUAAGAACCGAAGAACUUGUGUAAAUGAAUCGGCUGCAUCGUCUCAUCUUAAGUGGCAGCAUACAAUGCCCUGCUUGGUGAUUAGCUCACCUGGGUGGAUGCCAAUGGUAUAAUCUUGUAAGAGCUGAACAAAGGGAAAGUAGUGUAAUGAGAACUCAUUUCCUCGGACCCAAAUUGGUUAUAGAUGAAGCAUAAGAAAUAUAGUGUAAGGAUAUUUUCCCAAAUCUUGCAGCGGUAUUUCUAGUCUGAUUAUGAUUUAUCAGCACACGGGGGGGAUUAUAUGUACAUCCUGAUGCAAAAGAUAUAAAAUUACUGUGCUACUGCUUCCUGGAA